UGCCUGUCACCAUGGGGAUGCUGGUGCCUACUGCUCUAGCUGCUCGGCUGCUAAGCCUGUUCCAGCAGCAACUGGGUUCCCUCUGGAGUGGCCUGGCCAUCCUGUUCUGCUGGCUGAGAAUAGCAUUGAGGUGGCUAGAUCCCGGGAAGGAACAGCCACAGGUUCGGGAUGAGCCCAAGGAGACCCAGGAGACCCAGGAAGAUGUGAACAGUACUCAGCCCACAACCCCCGUCAGUGUCAACUACCACUUCACUCGUCAGUGCAACUACAAAUGUGGCUUCUGCUUCCACACAGCCAAGACAUCCUUCGUGCUGCCCCUGGAGGAGGCCAAGCGAGGACUGCUUCUGCUCAAACAGGCUGGUUUAGAGAAGAUCAACUUUUCUGGAGGAGAACCCUUCCUACAGGACAGGGGUGAAUACUUGGGCAAGCUUGUGAGAUUCUGCAAGGAGGAGCUAGCCCUGCCCUCUGUGAGCAUAGUGAGCAAUGGCAGCCUUAUCCGGGAGAGAUGGUUCAAGGACUACGGGGACUAUUUGGACAUUCUUGCUAUCUCCUGUGACAGCUUCGAUGAGCAGGUUAAUGUUCUGAUUGGUCGUGGUCAAGGAAAAAAGAACCAUGUGGAGAACCUCCAAAAGCUGAGGAGGUGGUGCAGGGACUACAAGGUGGCUUUCAAGAUCAACUCCGUCAUUAAUCGCUUCAACGUCGACGAAGACAUGAAUGAACACAUCAAGGCUCUGAGCCCUGUGCGCUGGAAGGUUUUCCAGUGCCUCCUAAUUGAGGGCGAGAACUCAGGAGAAGAUGCCCUGAGGGAGGCAGAAAGAUUUCUUAUAAGCAACGAAGAAUUUGAAGCAUUCUUGGAGCGUCACAAAGAGCUGUCCUGUUUGGUGCCUGAAUCUAACCAGAAGAUGAAAGACUCAUACCUUAUUCUGGAUGAAUAUAUGCGCUUUCUGAACUGUACCGGUGGCCGGAAGGACCCUUCCAGGUCUAUUCUGGAUGUUGGUGUGGAAGAAGCGAUAAAAUUCAGUGGAUUUGAUGAGAAGAUGUUUCUGAAGCGUGGCGGGAAGUAUGUAUGGAGUAAAGCUGACCUGAAACUGGACUGGUGAGGCUGAGACGGAAAGGAAACUCUGACCAGCGACGGGGAAGUGCGCGCGCAGCUAUCCUUCACCAAGCUACGUCUUCUGGCUGUCUACGGACUGCUGUUAUUGAGAAUACAGUCUGUUUGUUUGCUUUUUUUCUUUCAGUUUGACUGAACUAAAAAGGGAGUAAAAUUAUUCUGUGACCGCUUAUGCAGCAGAUAAUCGUGCUCCACAGGGAUAGCGUUCGGUUCGCAGAGGAGCAAGGUCCAGUGAUCCCAAAGAACCGACAUUUCAUUUGUAUUUGAAUUUUUAUGUGGAUUUUACUGUGAAUCCCACAUUUCCUUUCCCCUUUUUGUUCCUCUUGAGAAACUGGGCUAUUUUCUGCUAACUCUGCCAGUUUUGUCAACAGGAAACUUCACGAAGCACACCCUCCAGCUACCGCUGACGAUUCUAAUGCGUUUCUGGUUUUUCAAUCUUGGACUUGUUACUAAGAAGUGUAGAGUCAAGACGAAUCUCACAGAGCCUUACGUGAGACCCUUCCUCUUAGGGACAGAGAUUUCCUAGAACAGGCUGUUCACGGUCCCAGCUCCUGAUGCUGCUGCUGCAAGAUGGCUGUUCUAUGCUGCACCCGUUCCUUCAAGGUUCUUGACAAAGCCAAGAUACGCUUUACCUCCCAGGGCAUGGCCAUGAGGAUGGCACUUCUGCAGCUGCAACUGCCCUGGCAUUGAGGCUGCCUGAGUCUGUCAGGAUGAAAGGUUGUCACACUUUUCUGAAAAGCUCCCAGGUCUGUGGCACAUCCAGAAGAGUCAUAGAGGGAAUGGACAGGAAGGAGUCUUUCAGGAAUAUAAAACGUGGCGACUGUCUUGGUAUAAACGUGCCUGUGGUUCCUUAGCAUAUUUUUCAAGAAACUCUGAAUCCUGACCUAGUCUAGAUCAACAUGAGAAAAAAAAAAAAAAAAAAA